GAGAGAGAGAGAGGUGUCUGUGACCAGAGGGAGAGAGAGAGAGGGAGAGAGAGAGAGGUGUCUGUGACCAGGGCGACUGUGACAGGAGCUUGUGUGUGGUCUGAGGAGUCAGCGCCAGUCUGAGAGGGGCUGGUCUGUAGUGAGGAGUCUCCUUCCUCUGGCACUGCUCUCUAUUAUAGAGGAUUACCCAAUACAGAAACUGCUCUCUGUUAUAGAGGAUUACCCAAUACAGAAACUGCUCUCUGUUAUAGAGGAUUACCCAAUACAGAAACUUCUCUCUGUUAUAGAACUUCUGUCCAGAGGCUGAAAAUUGACCAUAAAGAGACAGAAGGAGAACUUUGAACAUAAAAGAGAUUGAGAUACAGCAUUGAAACAGAGGAUGCGGAGUAUGCUUGCUGCCGGUGUUGGAAUGAUGCUGGUGUUGGUGAAGUUGAACUUGGGAAUGUCAAAAAAGGUUCAAGAUGAUCCCAGCUCUCUCAGGGUGAUCAACCAGGAGAAGUGGGAGAGGGAUGUGCGUUCGGCCUCCAGUCUGGACGAGCUGCUCAUGCUGACAGACUUCCCUGACUGGAAGCUGUGGAAGUGUCGUCUAAAACUCAAACACCUGGAGACGUCUCCCUCAUCCUCUUCCUCUCAGCAGCCCGACCACCGUUCCUCCUCCUCCUCCUCCUCCUCCUCCUCCUCCUCCUCCUCCGCUGGGUCUGGGUCACACCGCUCCACGCGCUACGCUGCAGCAUCCUACAGCCUGGAGAUACUCAAAGCCAUAGACGAUGAGUGGCAGAAGACCCAGUGCAUGCCCAGAGAGACGUGUGUAGACGUGGCAAAGGAACUGGGCACCACGACCUCCAUGUUCUUCAAGCCCCCCUGCGUGUCCGUCUUCAGGUGUAACGGAUGCUGCAACACAGAGGGUGUCUCAUGCAGAAACACAAGUACAACCUAUAUUAAUAAAACACUGCUGAGUGUGAUACCGUUCAAAUACGGACCUGAGCCGGUGUUGAUAAAGGUAGCCAAUCACACAGUGUGUAAGUGUAUGGAACCGCCCCUGAUCCGACGGCAAGCCCAUAUACGCUCUCACAGGAGGAACGGGUGCUCUCCGAUGCGCCAGCUCUCUAAAUCAGAGGACUCCAGGCGUCUGUGUGCCAGUGGGUUGAUCUGGGACUGCAUGGCCGACCGCUGUGUGCCCUACCCCUCCACUAAACAACCAGACUUUUCUACCAGUAUGAGGACGGAGGACUGUGAGAUAGAUGUUGACAGGUGUGACUGUGUCCCAGACCGCGCUACCCUGUCCCCAGGGCCCACCCUAACCCAGGACCCAGACCGCGCUACCCUGUCCCCACGGCCCACCCUAACCCAGGACCCAGACCAUGCUACCCUGCAUGUCACCUAAACCAUACUGCAUGUACUACCAACAAACAGCACUUCAACCAUGGCUCUUGCAGAUGCCAGUGACACUAAGAAGAAGAAUAUAACCUUUGACAUCUGCUUGGCUUUGAAGUUUGAAAGCAGAGAAAAAGUUCAUAAUAUAUUUAUAUCGCUAUUUAUAUAUCUAACUUCAAAUAAAAUAGUUUCCCUUUCUAACCUACAUACAUGACCCUGUUAAGUUUUUAAAAAACGCUUUACAAUUUUUAUUUACAUAUGUAAAUUAUUAGUAUUUCUAUGCACUGAACAGUGUAUUUCACGCUAAAGAAUUAUAUUUUUUGUAAUUGCUUCAACAUUUUUGUAAAUAUAAUCGAAGUUUGUCUUUUUGUUGUAUAUCCUUCAUAUUUAUAUUUAAAGUUUUAACAGUUUUGUCCAAAGUUCUAUCUCACCUUGUUGACACCAGUUAUUUUGUUGUUUAUUUAGAGAUGACAUAACAACCAUUCAAUGGUGUUGUUCACACCUCCGUGAU